AUCAUACGAAGACCACAUGGUUAAUCAAUUCCUCAGAUGCAUAUCGUAUAAAUACUAAAGGAGGCAAGCAUCCACCAAAAUCCAACAUUAAUCAACCACAACCAUGUCUUCCAAGAUAGAUCAAGAAAAUGCAAUAAUCACAGAGAAGGAUAGUACAACAGACAAUGUCAAUGUGACUGAAUUGAAUGAUUCUACUUUAUCUGCACAAAAAGAAGCAAUUGAAGAUUCAACAGGAGCAAAUGCAAAUCUUCAACACUUUUCAAAGUUGGCUUUGAUCGGAUUAAGCUUUGCCGCUUUAAACACUUGGGCAGCUUCUUCCGGUACAAUCUUUAUCGGUUUAGCCGCAGGUGGUCCUACUUCCGUUCUGUGGGGUACAAUCGUUGGUACUUGUGCUGCUUUGACGAUUGCGAUCAGUUUGGCAGAACUAUGUCAUCUCAUGCCAACAAAAGGAGCACAAUAUCAUUGGACUUUCUUGCUCGCACCAGAUCGAUCAAAUGAUAAAUAUCGCUUUUUGAGUUACCUUUCUGGUUGGUUAGGUACGGCAGGAUGGAUUUGCUUAACCUCAACUGCUCCUCUCCUUUCUGCGCAAAACAUUUUGACAAACAUUACACUUUAUCAUCCUAUUCAAACCGGUAUGUGGUCUGUGUUUUCGAUUUAUAUGGGUUUCACGUUAUACGCCGUGAUAAUCAACAUCUUUGGAAUCAAAUUACUUGACAAAAUGAAUUCUGCUGCCUUGUUUUGGUCUUUGAUUGGUUGCUUGGUCACUUUCAUCACCCUGCUAGCAAGCGCAGGUGCAAGGGGCACUCUAAACGAUGGCAAAUUUAUCUUUACCACCUUUCUCAACUUUACAGGUUGGCCAAACGGAGUGGCUUGGUUGAUCGGAUUAUUGCAAACACAGUAUGCUUUAGUAGGAACAGAUGCAGUAACGCAUGUUAUCGGAGAAAUUUCAAAUCCUCGCAAAAAUGUUCCGCUUGCAAUGAUUUUAUCUUGUGUAAUCGGUGGUGCUUCGGCUUUUGUCGUUUUGAUUGCAUUCUUGGCAUGCGUCAAAGAUCCUCUUGCAGUUAUAAUGGCACAAGGUGGAGGAGUACUUCUCAUCAUGAUGGACGCUAUGGGCAGCAAAGGAGGAGCGGUCGCUCUCAACUCAAUCUUUUUGAUUAAUCAAAUUUUUACUGGACCUGCAUUGGUCAUCACAUCUUCAAGAAUGCUACAAGCUUUUGCCAAGGAUGGUUGUCUUCCUUUCAACAAGUACCUUGGUCAUAUCUCCCUUCAUACUGAAACGCCAAUUUAUGCAGCUUUGGCUAAUUUAGUCUUUUUGACAAUCUUUGGAGCUUUGCUUUUUGGUAGCACUAUCGCCGUUCAAGCAUUACAAAGUGCGUCAGUGGUGAUGUUGCAAUUGAGUUAUUUACCUUCAAUCGUCUUACAUUUGCUUUCAGGACGAAAAGCUCUACGUCAAAGAGGCGGAGAAAUUGCGCAAAGAUUAAAACUUGGAUCAAGAUACGGUCCUAUUGUGAACAUUUGUGCAAUUUGUUAUAUUUGCUUAACGACCGUUUUCUUUUUAUUGCCGCCAGUCAUUCCGGUAAAAUCAGGAUCGAUGAUGAAUUACGCCGUUGUCGUUUUGGCCUUUUGCGUUUUAUUGGCGCUCAUCAAUUGGUUCCUUUAUGCUCGACGUAACUUUCAAGAGCCAAUAGAUCUUGAUCGAAUUUUGUCUAUUUGAUUAUUAGCUACGUAACGCUCUUUUUGUAU